GAAGAAAGCGAUUUGACUCAUUGCCUUUACGUCACUUCCGUGCUUCAAGAAGCUAAACGUUGCGCGACGAAAUUGCCACUGCCGAUAUAUGCAUUCACUGGCUUUGAAUAUUUUCCAUUGCAACCUCAUUCGUAUUACAUUUAUCAAGAUUUACUCAAUUCACUAAGGAAAUCUUAUGAUUUGGGAGUAAAUGGCGCAAUCAUUUGGUCAACAUCUACUAAUAUGACGGCACGAUGUGAUGGUAUCGGAGAAUAUGUUGAAGGAUAUCUUGGUCCAGAAGUUUCUAACUUGAACUCUAAACAUGCAAUGACCACGUCGGAUUACAACUCUGUCUGUGAAAUGAAAGAUGGCUUUACAAACUAUUGCUGUUAUGAGAACAUGAAACAACACCCUUCAACAUCUACAACAAAAUCUAUGUAG